CUUCUCUCUCUGAUUUUGCUUCUUCUGGCUUUCCAUUAAAACUCCAUAAUAUUAUUAUUGUACAAUCCCAAAUACUCUGUAUCUUCCCUCCUUUUCUUCUUCUUCUUCUUCUUCUUCUUCACCACAUCACUUGUAAAAGCUGCAGAUUCCUAAACUUCUCUAAGAGAUUCUUAAAGGAAGAAGAUCAAAAGGCAAAGAUGACGAACCAAAAUGUGGUACUAAUACCGGAAGAACAGCAAGCCGCCAUGAAAAUGGCGGCUUCAAAGAAGAAACUUAACGUGAUCAACGGCGGAGCGAAAAUCAGCUCGUGGGUCGACUCCAUGAGAGCUUCUUCUCCGCCCCGUAUUUCCAUCUCUCCUUCUCUCACUGAGGAGGAAAAAUCUUGGGCUCUACAGCACCCAUCGGCUCUUUCGAUGUUCGACAAGAUUGUGGAAGCUUCAAAGGGGAAGAAAAUAGUCAUGUUUCUCGACUACGACGGCACGCUUUCGCCGAUCGUCAAGAACCCCGAACGCGCUUUCAUGUCCGACGCGAUGAGAAGCACAGUGAAAAGUCUCGCUCAGUGUUUCCCCACUGCUAUUGUGAGUGGGAGGUGCAGGGAUAAGGUGUAUAAUUUUGUACAAUUGGCGGAGUUGUACUACGCUGGAAGCCACGGCAUGGACAUUAAAGGACCGGAGAAAGGGUCAAAAUACAUAAAAGGUGAUGCAAAAGGAAUUUUGUUCCAACCAGCCGCCAAAUUUCUUCCUAUGAUCGACGAGGUUUAUAAAACCCUAGUCUACGAGACCAAGUCUACUCGAGGAGCUAUGGUGGAACAUAACAAGUUUUGUCUUUCUGUGCACUAUCGGUGCGUUGAUGAAAAGAACUGGGAUCUUGUGGCCCAGCAAGUAAAAUCAGUGCUGAAAGAGUACCCAAAGCUGAAACUUACGCAAGGAAGGAAGGUGUUAGAGAUCCGUCCCACAAUCAAAUGGGACAAAGGCAAGGCUCUUGAGUUUUUGUUAAAAGCACUUGGAUACGCCAACCGCAGAGAUGUUUUUUCUGUUUACAUUGGUGAUGAUCGAACAGAUGAAGAUGCAUUCAAGAUAUUGAAAGCAAGAGGACAAGGUUUUGGCAUUCUUGUUUCAAAAUGUCCAAAGGACACAAGUGCCUCUUAUUCCUUACAGGAACCAACUGAGGUUAUGACUUUCCUGCAAAAAUUGGUGGAUUGGAAACUCCAGACAUUGAGGGGGCAGGCCAUGCUGUAAAUUAAUUGUGUAUUAUAUAAUAUUAUAUAAUAUAGGAUAUUGUAUUAUUUUCCACCCUUCUCAAAACUGUUUCGAGGGUGUAUUAAUCGGCUUAUCAUGUAAUUUCUUAUGUUCGGCUUUUGUAACUUCCUUGUAUUAUUAGGAUCAGUAAGAGUAGAAAGAGGGGGACAAAGGACAAGAAAAGGGAAAAAGAAAGAAUUUUUUUAACUUUUUCUUGGCCUGAAGGCCUUGUACAUUUCUUCUAACCUGCUUUGCACAAGGUAAAAUUGAUGUAAUUCUCCAAGUUAUUUUCUGG